AUGCUAGAGUUCCCGCUGGCCGGUCGUUACCUGCUAAAAAGUGAAAAGAAUGCCCCGAAAAAAGUUACGGGAGAAGUGGUGGAUAAAUCGAAAUCUGCUGGUACCGACCGUGGAUUUUAUGUUUUUGGCGAUGAGUUUGUUGAUGAUUAUAUUGUUGGUUCAACAGUUGACAUACCUGGUGGUGAAUUGGAGAACGUUGACGAUGACUUGUUUGUGCGAUAUGGUGACGAAGACGCUGUGGAGGAGAUCGAAUUUCAACUCCCCGGGCAAAUCGCCCAUCACCCAAAGGCUGAAUAUUUUGAUAGCGGGCUUGACGACUUGCUGGAUAAUUAUGGCACUGUGGACCCCACAAUACCUACAUCGAAAAUACGUUGCACCGCAUGCGGCGCCAAUUUCCACUGCCGGGAUGCCUCGUUACCCGGAUUUCUGCCUGCCGAAGUUUUCCUCAAUUUGGACGAUUAUGCGGAACAGUUAUGUCGCCGGUGCUACAUGCUCAAAAGACAUAAUUUUUUGGUAAGUUUCUGUAUAAACCAUGAUAUUUUUAAUGCCGAUGAUAUUUUUAGAUAA